CUCCCGUUUCCCAACGAGAUGAGAGCAAGAGCGGCCGAGACACCACCGAGAGGCUGGGGCAGAGUGGCGCUUCCUUCCCUCACACUUCCGGGUCCUCCGGCGCCGGGGAUCUGUGUCUGCACCCGCCGAUCAUCGCACAUUGGCCCGAGAUUUUCACGUAACCCAUGAUGAACACCGUUCUCAUGAACAACUUUCUACACAUUAUAUUGUGUCAAGUAAAUUAAUGCUGGUAUUGCACUGAUUCAUAAUGUUGCUAUAUGCACCAGCAUAAGCUGAUUUAUUGAAUCAUUACCGUUCACCAAACCUGUUACUUCAGAGUCAGCUCUUAAAAUCCUCGGUACAAUGACUCAAGCAGAAAUUAAACUUUGUUCUUUACUACUGCAAGAGCAUUUUGGAGAGAUCGUAGAAAAAAUUGGAGUCCACCUCAUCAGAACUGGCAGUCAGCCACUGAAAGUAAUUGCCCGUGACACAGGAACAUCACUGGAUCAGGUGAAAAAAGCCCUUUGUGUCCUGAUCCAACAUAACUUGGUACUGUACCAGGUACACAGGCGUGGCGUGGUGGAGUAUGAAGCCCAGUGCAGCCGGGUGCUGCGCAUGCCUCGGUACCCCAGGUACAUCUACACAGCCAAGACUUUGUACAGCGACACCGGAGAGCUGAUCGUGGAGGAGUUGCUCCUGAAUGGCAAAAUGACAAUGUCAGCAGUGGUGAAGAGAGUGGCGGACAGGCUCACAGAGACCAUGGAGGAUGGCAAGACCAUGGACUACGCAGAGGUCGCAAACACAUUUGUGCGACUCGCCGACACACACUUUGUGCAGCGUUGCCCCUGCGUGCCUGCCACCGCUGAGAAUUCAGACCCAGGGCCACCACCGCCAGCUCCAUCCCUUGUCAUCAGUGAAAAGGACAUGUACGUGGUUCCGAAGCUGAGCUUGAUAGGAAAAGGUAAAAGGAGGAGAUCUUCUGACGAAGACGCUUCUGGAGAGCCCAAGGCCAAGAAACCCAAACACGCCACAGAUAACAAAGAGCCCACUCCAGACGAUGGGAUCUACUGGCAAGCCAACCUGGACCGGUUCCACCAGCACUUCCGGGACCAGGCCAUUGUGAGCGCAGUCGCCAACCGGAUGGAGCAGACCAGCAGCGAGAUUGUGCGGACCAUGCUCCGGGUGAGUGAGGUCACCACACCUUCCUGCGCCCCUUUCACGCAGCCCUUGUCCUCCAACGAGAUCUUCAGAUCCCUGCCUGUGGGCUAUAAUAUCUCUAAGCAAGUUCUUGAUCAGUAUCUCACUCUCCUGGCUGAUGACCCGCCCUGUGACAGGAUCUCCACUUGUCGUCUGAUGGGACGGCUCCCAGCUACACACUCAUGGCCACCAGAUUUGCUCACUCGGCAGCAGACUCGCUGGGCUUCCUGUUCGGCUAACAUUCUCUUUUUCCAAUAG